GGUCACCAUCAUUCGAUGAAGCACAGCAAGCGAGAACGUGUUUUGAACACUCAAGAUCAGCAUGGAGUAUGCGAGUAAGGAUCUCACUCUCCGCAAACUCAGGCAAUCAACCAAUUUCGAAAAUCUUACGUUCCGCAUAGGCGGCUCCUACGAACAUGAUCAAGGGCGCUUCUACCAUCUCUGGAAGGACGGCGAAGUCCUUUCUAUCCAAGCAGAACCAUACUGUCGUCCUGGCAUCGACUAUUCUCAAUCAUCAUGCCGGUCGAACUUCUCAUCUGACAGAGAGGCCUUUUUUUACCUACAAGAAGUGCUGCAGACGAUGCUCGAUAAUUUGCAAUUUGGUACAGACAACAAUUGGGCACAUCUUGUGAGGCAAAAGGACAACACCUACAGUCUGAUUUACACUAGGAAGGAGUUUGUUCGUUUGAAGUGCCCAGUUUGGACGAAGAAGGUAAACUUGGAUGAUAUAGAUGUUACUCGGAUCGUGGACUGCUCGCUAUGGGAGGGAAUCCACGAAGGAACGGAAGUUGACCUAUUCAUGGGCGUGAACCCCCACUGGUCACGUUUUGUGGCUGCGGAGAGUCUCGGACAUAAGCUUAUGAAUGAGGCUGGUGUCAGCCAUUACACAUUCAAGCUACUUGCCCACGUCUAUAAAAGUGGAAUGAUCAUUGGUGUCAUGUGCGAGCCCAUCAUUGGACGUCGUGUGUGUCCAACCGAUCGUGCUGCUGUUUUCGCAGCAGUAGCUGAUAUCCAGAGACACGGAAUCCUAUUAGGAUCUCUCUUCCCUCAUGAUAUCCUCAUUACUCACAAAGGCGUUCGCUUCCUGAACAUCUCUGGUAUUCGAUCAUACACUGAUCACGAUAAACUAGCAGCUGCGGCCGAGAGAGAUCAUUGGGCAGAACUGGCGAAGACCUUUGGAUCAGAAAUGACAGCACCCUACACCCCACUUGGCUCCAGAGCCCGUGACGCUUUAUCUUACGUUAUUCCUCGUCUGCCUUCCCCUGGGCGUCCGGUUUCCACCACUCCCGAACUGGCCAUGAUGCAGUUUGUUUGGUCAGUGAUGACAUCACCCGGAGAGUACGCUCGUUCGGACGUUCUGCCACUGCUCAGGUUCAGAGAGCAGCAGCGGAAAGGAAAAUCCGCCAUCACUGACGAUCCGAAGCACAAAAGACGUGCAAAUAUCGGUCGCAAAGUACUUAUUGCGCCUCUCGAUUAUUCGGAAGAUCGCUUUGAAGAACUUGACCAAAUCAUCCCUGCUGAUGAUGAACCCUACAAUCCAAAACGGUGUUCUUCAUCACGCACCCCAUACGAGCGCCCGAAGAAGAAACUGCUUCUCCCGAGGGAUGAUGAAUGAGCUUACGCACCGUGUGGAAAGGUCCAGACCUACGAAUCACAUUCAACCUAAUAUUUAAUCUCAAGGGGACUCUUUGAUCCGUUCGUGCUUUGCUGCUCUUGCAAUUUUUUGUUGUUGACAGUUUUAAAUGCUAUGUUAACUCGCUUUUUCUUUUUGUUUCCGUCAUGCUUUUUGUUAAGUUUUCGCUCGCAUGCUAUUGCAUCGUUCCGUGUUAUGAAAUGAGGUUGUUAUAUACUUGUCCACCAAUAGAACUACUUUGGAUGCUAGCGAUGUCGGGUGGUGACAAGCACUGGGAAUCAAUAUCGAUGCUCUUGUGUUCUGUGGAGCCCUGGUUUUAGAAAAUAUCUAGUGUAGAUGUCCCAUUGUUAAAUUCCGUUGGUUGUCUCCGUGGGCUAUAGCAUAAUGUCGACAGUGCUGGGCCGCC